AUGUUCAAGCGUGCCAUCGCCACCGUCCCAGCGACUGCCAGCAGGGCCCUGGCUUCGACCGCCGUCCGCCCUCAGUUCGUGCGCAGCAUUGCGCCCGCAGUCCAGCAAACCGCCGCACGCAGGUCUUACCACGAGAAGGUCCUGGACCACUACAACAACCCUCGUAAUGUCGGCAGCAUGGGAAAGAACGAGCAAGAUGUCGGCACAGGCCUCGUCGGCGCGCCGGCAUGUGGAGACGUCAUGAAGCUGCAAAUCAAAGUUGACCCAAACAAUGAUACCAUUACAGACGUCAAAUUCAAGACCUUCGGCUGCGGGAGUGCGAUUGCGAGCAGUUCGUAUCUGACGGAGUUGGUGAGGGGAAUGACUCUGGAGCAGGCAGGCCGUGUUAGAAAUACGGAGAUUGCAAAGGAGUUGUGUUUGCCGCCAGUCAAGCUCCACUGUUCUAUGCUUGCUGAGGAUGCCAUCAAGUCGGCCAUCAGCAACUACUACACCAAGAACCCCAAGGCCCGCGCGACGGACCUUGGAGGUACUGGCGCUGCCAUGCCAAAGAUUGAGAUUGAGAAACUUCCUGCCGAUGCGCCCGCUCAGGCGACUGCCUAG